AUCCGGUUAGUGCGUGUCUUGGUAAUUUUAACUUGCAAGGUUUACAUAUUCUGGCAGCUGCCACAAGCAUUUCCUUCAACACGCAAGGUUCUUAAAUGUUCAUUAAGGUGAAAACUGAGUGUGAUUACUAUAAAGCCUGGUGAGGUUUCAGAGCUGCAGAUCUAAAUGCAUGGUCACUUCAAGUGACUAAAGGGUCAUUGUGUGUGUGUAAGAAGUCACUUUGAUCAGUUAUGGCCACCAAUUCUACAAUGACUGGAAGUGGGAAUACCAACACAUUUGACUCCACACUACUGGGUGUAAAGAUUGGAUGCCUUGUGUGCAUCUUCAUCAUCACCAUUGGCUGCUGUCUAGUUCCACUAAAGAUUAUACCAAGGCACAGCCAAAUUGGUGUAAGUCCCAAAUCAAAACUCAUUAUGAGUCUCUGCAACUGUCUGUCUGCUGGUGUCUUCCUAGGAACUUGUUUCAAUGCAUUUAUACCACAUGUGAGAGAGAAGUUUGAUGGUAUAUUCUCAAAUGCAAGAUGGCAUCAUGAUUCCAGUUCUGCUACAGAGUUCACUGUGAUUAUGGGAUUUUUCUUGAUUUUGACACUGGAAAAACUGAUAAUGAUGUGUCAGAAGAAACCAAUGACGCAUUCUCAUGGCCAUGAGAUGACUGCUUUGAACUUGGAUCUUCCUGAGGAGGAAUUAGAUGGCUAUACUGCCUCAGAGGAAAGCUCUGCUGAAUCUGUUGAUUGGGAAAAUUCAAAUGAAAGCCAAAAGUUGUGCAAACCAAAGCGCCACUCUCACACAAAGUCUCGGAAGUUUGUGAGCCAUCCCCAAGUAAACCAUUUACAUAAUAGUCACAUGUCACAUGAUCAUCAUAGUCAUGCAGGACACAGUCAUCAUGUAGAAAUCUCAGACCAGGAGUCCAUAAUAGGCUGUAUCUCUCUCCUCCUGGCCCUUAGUGUCCAUGGCCUGUUUGAAGGAAUGGCACUGGCACUACAGCAAUCAAUAGAUAAACUGAUAAGUUUAUUUAUUGCUAUAAUCUCUCAUGAAAGCCUGUGUGCUCUAGCAAUGGGUAUCACUCUAGCCAAGCAAGACUUGCAAAGCUGGACUAUUGUGAAGCUUGCCGUGGCACUGGCCGCAGUGAUCCCUGCUGGCAUGGGCAUAGGCAUGGCCCUGGGUCAGAUACAUGGACAAGUGGGCUUGACCAUUUCUGCUAUACUACAGGGCAUAGCUGCAGGGACUUUCAUCAAUGUGAUCUUUUUAGAAAUGCUUCCAGUUGAGAUUCACAGUAAUCAGUAUCCCAUGGUGAAGGUUUUAUUUGUUUUCUUAGGAUAUAUCAUAAUGGCUGGUUUGUCCUUUGCCCACACAUAGUAGGGUAUGGAGAUUUGUUUAGUUGAUGCUAAGGGAGAGGGAGGGGGGGUAAUGUACAUUCUUAUGUUUAAUCUAUGGUAACUAUACAUUAUACUCACAGUCAGAUGUUAAAAAAUAUUCAAGUUAAUGAUAUUCACUUAUUUUCAGCCAUUAUAAAAAUACACAAUUAAUACUGAUAAAUGUGGUUAUGCAAAAAGAACUAAGUACAUAGUAAACAGGAUUUGGGCGAGAAAGGUAAAAAAGGAAAUUGCAAGUAUAAGCCAUCUAAAAAGAAAAAAAAGACCGUGACAAUCCUGUAUAUUGGUCUUCAGUUAUUUAACACUGUAUUUGAAAUAAAUAAUAUUGUGGUUUUGUGCUUGACUUUUUUUUUUCGUAACAAAUGUUAUGUUUGCAUAUUUGGUUAUUUGUAUGUAUUUUCAAGUUGAAAUUUUCUGAGGGCCAAAUGAUUUUUUCAUUUGCAUAAUAUGUAGAUAUGUAUGUUUGAAACUCCUUCUUAAAAGAUAUGUUGUGUUCUUGCCAGUUAAAAAUACUCUAAAUAAUGUAAAAUAAUGUAGCAUUUUCAGAGUCAUAUUGCAUUUGAAAAUGUAACUAAAAUGUACCUGAUAUUAUGUCAUUUCAGCUGUGUUUGUAAAUUACUGAUGAAAAGGCAAACAUUGCUGCUUUUAUUUCAUCCAAUUAAUAAUAUUGUCAGUACAUUGAAUGUAUUGUAAUUGACUCACCAAAGUUUACAUCAUCAAAUGUGAAUACACAUAAAAGAAUCUUGAUGACUUUCUGUAGAUAAGACAUCACAACUCUGUUAGGGUGUUUAACCAUAUACUGCACAAAUACUGGUACUUUGUCAUUAAACAGCUGUUUUUUCAAACUAUGUUCAUAUUUAUUAUAAAGAUAGUGUGUGUGAGGAAGUAUUUACAUGAUGCCUUGACGGACAUUGAAUAUUGGAGGUAAACAAUUUCAAUAUUUAGCUAUUGAUUGAUGAAAAAAUUACUUUAUUCUUAUAAACUUAAAUGCAUUUGCAUAUGGCAGCUUUAGCUAUGAUAUUAGGGGAGCCUAGACAUUUUUGUAACAAUUAAUAUGGAAUUAUUAAAGAAUCUGUUAUCUGCAGUAAGCCAGAUUUUUCUAAUGAAAUUCAAGGUGGCAUACUGAUCAAGAAAUAUGCUCAGUAUCUUAACUGUAUUUUUGUGAAGACUGUUAUGUGUAAUGCGUGAAGAAAAAAAAAGUGUUCCCAAAAUAUUGUUUGCAUAAAUAACAUUGUACAUGAACUUUUGAAUAAGCAAAUGCAUACUAAAAAUGAAUUGCUCUUUAUCUAAGUUGUGGUUAUAAUUUUUGAAGUGUUAACAUUUAAUGUAUCAUAUUAUGAUACUGGUAUAUCAUUGAGAAAUAUGCUAAUAUCAUGGUAUCAGUAAUAUGACUAUAUUGAUUAUUAAUACCCAGAAUAAACAUGCAGAUUUCAGCCUGUACACUGGUCUGUUGUACGUUCUGAAAUUAUAUUUCAGUGAAUUUUAAAUUUUAAUAUGAUAGUUAAUAAAUGAUUGUACAGUCUAUCUUGUUCGGGAAUGUUAUUUCAUUAAAAAAAAACAACCUGAAAAGUUGCAGGCUCCUAACUAGCAAUUUCAAUAGGGGGUUCUUUUUCUGAAAAAGUGGUCUUUUUGCCCCGAAACCCCCAUGUACCUAGAUAAAAUAUUACUCAGA